CGGUAUUAUUGUAUAUGGCAUACAUGUACUGUAUGUAGCUCAUUCCUCAAGACGACAUGGGUUGCAAGCAAUCGACAACCGCCGCCGACCCUGCAGCCAUCAGCCAAGCCCACUCCCCACCGCAUUCUGCAUCUAGUGAGUCUACAAAUGCCGCGGUGAUCGUGGACCAUUCAAUCGACGAGAAAGGGGUCGUUUUGUACCAUGUCGAAGCUUACGGCGUAGCUGCGAAGAAACGAUUCAAUGAUUUUAAAACAUUCCAUCACGACAUCCAAUUGGUGGUACCCCCCAUGCCCGAAGCCGGCUUCUUCACUGCGUUGAACAGGCGAGAUCUAGGCCUCAUCCAGGCACGCCGCUUGCGCUUCCAAGACAUCAUCCGAGCCGCCCCCCGUGACCGUGUCGUGCUUUUCCUCGAUCCAAAUGCUAACGUCGUUUUUGGAGGCAACGACGUCGAGAAAACCCUCGCAGUGGAGACUUGCAAUGCCAGUGUUCCUACCGAUUGAACGACUGUCGCGUUAACUUAACAUUGUGCACUACAUCUACA